CCCUGGCACUGUCAAUAACAUGGGGACCAGGGUGCCUCACUUUUCCUGCACACUCAGCCCCUCCUGCGUGUCCUCAUCUCUGUCUCUGCUCUCUGGGUCCCAGCAGGUUGCAUUCAUGGUGCCCCCGAGUGAGGAGACGCCCCUGAUCUCUCAGCGCUCCUGCAGCCUCUCAUCCUCAGAGGCCGGGGCCCUGCAUGUGCUGCUGCCUCCUCGGGGGCCUGGCCCCACCCAGCGCCUGUCCUUCUCCUAUGGGGACCACUUAGCUGAGGAGCUGUGUGUGCGAGCUGCCAAGGCCAGUGGCAUCCUGCCUGUGUACCACUCUCUCUUCGCACUGGCCUCGGAGGACCUGUCUUGCUGGUUCCCCCCAAGCCACAUCUUCUCCGUGGAGGACUUGGGCACGCAAAUCUUGGUCUACAGGCUCCGGUUUUACUUCCCCAGCUGGUUUGGGCUGGAGAAAUGUCACCGCUUCGGGCUCCGAAAGGACCUGGCCAGCGCCAUUGUUGACCUGCCUGUCCUGGAACACCUCUUCUUCCAGCACCGCAGCGACCUGGUGAGCGGGCGCCUCGCUGUGGGCCUCGGGCUCAAGGAGCAGGGCGAAUGCCUCAGCCUGGCCGUCCUGGACCUGGCCCGGAUGGCCCGUGAGCAGGGCCGGACGCCACAGGAGGUGCUGCGCACUGUCAGCUACAAGUCCUGCCUACCCCGCGGCCUGCGCGACCUCAUCCAGGGCCUGAGCUUCCUGACGCGCAAGCGCAUCCGCAGGACGGUGCGCCGCGCCCUGCACCGCGUGGCCGCCUGCCAGGCCGACCGGCACUCACUCAUGGCCAAGUACAUCUUGGACCUGGAGCGGCUGGACCCAGCCCAGGCCACGGAGACCUUCUGCGUGGGGCUCCCGUGGACAGCGAGCGGCCAGGACGCACGCGGGCUGCUCCAAGUGGCCGGGGGCAGCGGCAUAGCCUGGAGCCCCAGGGAGCACGAGCCCUUCCAGCAGUUCUGCGACUUCCCCGAGAUUGUGGACGUCAGCGUCAAGCAGGCCCCACGCGCGGGCCCGGCCGGCGAGCACCGCCUGGUCACCGUCACGCGCGCCGACAACCAGAUCCUGGAGGCCGAGUUCCCAGCGCUGCCCGCCGCGCUGUCCUUCGUGGCGCUCGUGGACGGCUACUUCCGCCUGACGUGCGACCCGCGACACUUCUUCUGCAAGGAGGUGGCGCCCCCGCGGCUGCUGGAGGAGGUGGCUGAGCACUGCCACGGCCCCAUCACCCUGGACUUCGCCAUCCACAAGUUGAAGGCCCGGGGCUCAGUCCCGGGCACCUACGUGCUCCGCCGCAGCCCUCAGGACUUUGACAGCUUUCUGCUCACGGCCUGUGUCCAAACACCCAUGGGCCCCGACUACAAGGGCUGCCUCAUCCGCCGGGACCCCACUGGGAGCUUCUGCCUGGUUGGCCUCAGCCAGCCGCACGGCAGCCUCAGGGAGCUCCUGUCCGCCUGCCGCGAGGGCGGGCUGCACGUGGACGGCGCGGCCCUGAGCCUCACCACCUGCUGUGCCCCCACGCCCAAAGAGAAGUCCAACCUGAUCGUGGUGCGGAGAGGCUGCGGCCCGGCCACCACGGCGCACGCGCAGCUCCCAGUGCUGAGCCAGCUGACCUUCCACAAGAUCCCUCCGCCGAGCCUGCAGCGGCACGAGAACCUGGGCCAUGGCUCCUUCACCAAGAUUUACCGAGGCUGUCGCCACGAGUGCGUGGACGGGGAGGCCCUGGAGACCGAGGUGCUGCUGAAGGUGCUGGACGUGGAGCACAGGAGCUUUGUGGAGUCCUUCCUGGAAGCAGCCAGUUUGAUGAGCCAGGUGUCCUACCCGCAUCUCGUGUUGCUGCAUGGCGUGUGCAUGGCUGGAGACAGCAUCAUAGUGCAGGAGCUCGUAGCCCUAGGCGCCAUUGACACCUACCUGCUCAAGCGCGGCCACCUGGUGCCCGCCAGCUGGAAGCUGCAGGUGACUAAGCAGCUGGCCUGCGCCCUCAACUAUUUGGAGGACAAAGGCCUCCCUCAUGGCAACGUCUCAGCUCGGAAGGUGCUGCUGGCCCGGGAGGGUGCUGAUGGGAGCCCGCCGUUUAUCAAGCUCAGCGACCCUGGCGUCAGCCCCACUGUGCUGAGCCUGGAGAUGCUGACCGACAGGAUCCCCUGGGUGGCCCCCGAGUGUCUGGACGAGGCCCGGAUGCUUGGCCUGGAGGCGGACAAGUGGGGCUUUGGAGCCACGGUCUGGGAGGUCUUCAGCGGGGCCCCCAUGCCCACCCGCGCGCUGGAGCCCGCCGAGAAACUCAGGUUCUACGAGGAGCGGCGGCAGCUGCCCGCGCCCCGGUGGGCGGAGCUGGCCGCACUGAUCCGCCAGUGCAUGGACUACGAGCCGGGCCGCAGGCCGAGCUUCCGCGCGGUCAUCCGGGACCUCAACAGCCUCAGCACCUCAGAUUACGAGCUUCUCUCCGACCCCACGCCCGGCGCCCUGGCGCCCCGGGACGGGCCCUGGAGCGGCGCCCAGCAAUACGCGGGCCAGGACCCCACGAUCUUCGAGGAGCGGCACCUCAAGUACAUCUCGCAGUUGGGCAAGGGCAACUUCGGCAGCGUGGAGCUGUGCCGCUACGACCCGCUGGGGGACAACACGGGCGCCCUGGUGGCCGUGAAGCAGCUGCAGCACAGCGGGCCGGACCAGCAGAGGGACUUCCAGCGGGAGGUGCAGAUCCUCAAGGCGCUGCAAAGCGAGUUCAUCGUCAAGUACCGUGGCGUCAGCUAUGGCCCCGGCCGGCAGAGCCUGCGCCUGGUGAUGGAGUACCUACCUUGCGGCUGCCUGCGCGACUUCCUGCGGCGCCACCGCCCGCGCCUGGACGCGGGCCGCCUGCUGCUCUUCGCCACGCAGAUCUGCAAGGGCAUGGAGUACCUGGGCGCCUGUCGCUGUGUGCACCGGGACCUGGCCGCGCGCAACAUCCUGGUGGAGAGCGAGACGCACGUCAAGAUCGCCGACUUCGGGCUUGCCAAGCUGCUGCCGCUCGACAAGGACUACUACGUGGUGCGCGAGCCGGGCCAGAGCCCCAUCUUCUGGUUCGCGCCCGAGUCCCUGGCGGACAACGUCUUCUCGCGCCAGUCGGACGUGUGGAGUUUUGGCGUGGUGCUGUACGAGCUCUUCACCUUCGGGGACCCGGGCUGCAGCCCCUCAGCCGAGUUCCUGCGCAUGAUGGGCUGUGAGCGGGACGCCCCUGCCCUGUGCCGCCUGCUGGAGCUGCUGGCCGAGGGUCGCAGGCUGCCCGCACCUGCUGCCUGCCCCGCGGAGGUCCAAGAGCUCAUAAGCCAGUGCUGGGCGCCCAGCCCGCAGGACCGGCCGACCUUUAGCACCCUGGGCCCCCAGCUGGAGGCGCUGUGGAGCGGAAGCCGGGGGUAGUGGGCAGAUGUGACCUGGGGCUCUCUGGCCUGCUUUCUGGGUAUGGUCUCUUCAUUGUCUCUGGCCCCAGAAGUGUGACCUUGGGCCUCACAAAGACCCCCGUGGGACAGUGACCUCACCACAAACCUGGAAGACUCCUAUUCAUCCCUCAAAGCAUGAGCUGUUGUGUCCUUGCAGUUUUCCCUUGUGUGCCCCAUCCCUGCUGUGCCCCCACCCAACCCCGACCCUAGGGGUGGGGCAGUUUGUGUCCAGGUCUGUCCCCCCCAAUGUGGGGACUCGUUGGGGGCUGGGCUGAGGCCUGAGUGUGAGUGGGCACAGAGUGGGCUCAGAGUGUGUUUGUUGAGUGAAUAAAAGUGCAACGCCA